UGGCAAUGAGAGAGUCAAGAACGAAGUGAAGUAGGAAAAAAUAGCACAGGAUAUGGACCCCCUGAGCUCUUCAGGCAGUGAUUCUGACAGUGAAGCUGGCAAGCGGUUAAAGAGAAAAAAGCAAGUUACUCCGGAACAACCUAGAAAGAAGCGAAAGGCCGGUGAGACUUCAAGAGCUCUGUCGUCUCCUGAGCGCAGCAGCAGCAGCAGCAGCGAGAAUACCUUGGUCCCCAGUGGGGCAGCGCGAUGUCGCAUGCAUGGGGCUUCUAGGGAAGGAGAUAACUGUUGCUACUCACAUGACCUCUCUGACAGUCCCUGCCGUGUAGUAUGCAAGUGUUCCCAGCCAGGGGACCGCGUAUGUGGGGAGCACUGCAGAUACGAGCACAGCAAGCCCCUGAAAGAGGAAGAAGCAGCUGCCACAGAUCUACCUGUGCAGCCUUCCCUUGCCGCUGCCUCAAGCCUCUCCUCCGUCGCUGGACCACACGAGGAGAUGAAUACAGGCAAGGAUGCGUCCAGAAACGUGAGCUUCCCAGCCAUAGGCCCAGGUUCCAAGGACUGGGUGAACGCCAUGGAGUUUGUGCCUGGGCAGCCCUACCGUGGUCGCAUCAUCCCUGCCCGCACAGAGGCCGCCGUGCAGGGCUCGGUGCCCAAGGCAGAGUCGGAGACCAAGAAGCAGGUCUGCCCCUAUGCCGCCAUGGGAGAGUGCCGCGACGGGGCGAACUGCGUGUACCUGCACGGCGACGCCUGUGACAUGUGUGGUCUGCCUGUCCUGCACCCGACGGAUACGGCCCAGAGGUCCCAGCACAUAAAAUCUUGCAUCGAGGCCCACGAGAAGGACAUGGAGCUGUCCUUCGCCGUGCAGCGCAGCAAGGACAUGAUGUGUGACAUCUGCAUGGAGGUGGUGUACGAGAAGGCCAAACCCAGCGAGCGCCGCUUCGGCAUCCUCUCCAACUGCAACCACACCUACUGCCUCAGGUGCAUCCGCGAGUGGAGGAGCGCUAAGCAGUUUGACAGCAAGAUCAUAAAGUCCUGCCCCGAGUGCCGGAUCACAUCGAACUUCGUCAUCCCGAGUGAGUACUGGGUGGAGGAGAAGGAAGAGAAGCAGAAACUCAUUCAGAAGUACAAGGAGGCGAUGAGCAACAAGGCGUGCAGGUAUUUCGAUGAAGGCCGCGGGAGCUGCCCGUUCGGAAGAAACUGUUUUUACAAGCACGCGUACCCGGAUGAGCUCGAUGGCCGCAGAGCGGGGCCACAGAGACAGGCGGUGCCAGUGUCACGUAGAUCCUGGGCGGGGACGCCGAGCUGACUGUGGGCAUGAGUGGAGGUGGUUUCACAAUGAACUGAAAGACUUAUGAGUUGGACCCAUGGCGGCUUUGCAUGGUGCGCGGGAAGAGCCUGCUGAGCCUCAGACAGUUGCUGUCCCCUCUGCCAGUGGCAGUGCGUGGCUCUCCUAGGCCGGCCUCUCAAUUCCAGGGGCUGUUGUGACCACUCACCCGGGGCCGCGCUCUACUCCACUUCCCCAAGAGUGUGUUGUCUCUGUUUCAAAAAGUUACAAAAAUAGGUCUUCAAAUUAGAAAAUAAACAAACAAACAACAUACUGUC